AUGACUUCAACCUUUCUUCGAAAUUUAUCUCUAGACCUCCUAAAGCUUUUCGAAAAUAACGAUGAGUACAAUGUAAUCAUCGAAAUAGGGGAGGGUUCCGUUAAACAAUUAUUCAGAGUACAUUCAAUUAUCUUGUGUUAUCGUUGCCCUUAUCUCUAUAACGAACUCAAAGAUAUCGAUUAUAACGAUAGAAACAUUAAGAUUCUAGAAACUCAACUUUGGAACGAUAUUAUGAGCAAAUAUAUGGCACCAAAUCUUCCAAUUUCUUCUACAAUAUUGCCGGCUCGAAAACCUUCAAGUAUUCAAUUACCUUCUAGGGAUGUAACUCCUUUACGGCAAGUGAAUAUAUCUUCGAAAAUAAUAACUACUGAACAAGCGGCAAAAAUAAUAUCAUGGAUUGAUGGAGAGACAUCCCAUGGUAUUCUAGAAUAUUCCUAUGAAUUCAAUUUAAUUCUAGCAUAUGGCGCAUCUGAUGCAUCUCUCGUAUCUAACGCCGUUAAGUUUUUCGAUUCCUUUUGGAACUUAUGUGUCAAUAAA